AUGCACCCUGGACUCGCAGAUGACAUCCAACAGAUCGACGAUGCUCGAAAGACCGCACAGGGCCGGCCUCAGGAUGAUCCAAGGCAACACGGCGUAGGCUUUGCCGUGAAGAACUCGCUGAUACCAGCCAUUGUACCGCCAACUGGCGGAUCUGAAAGAAUCCUAGCGCUGCGCCUCUUAACAUCUACGGGUUUCGCCAACGUCCUCUGCAUCUACGCGCCAAUGCUCUGCGCCACUCCAGAGGUCAGGGACCAGUUUUAUGAGGCAGUGGAUGAGACGAUAUCCAGGAAACCAAAUACUGAAGGAUUAUACCUAUUGGGAGACUUCAAUGCCAGAGUAGGAGAUGACUGUGACAUUUGGCACUCUUUCCUCGGCCGUCAGGGCAUAGGUAAGAGGAAUGAGAAUGGUCAGUGGCUGCUGGAACUGUGCUGCCACCACGGACUAUGUGUGACGAACACUUACUACAAGUGCAUAGAACACCACAAAGUCUCUUGGAGACGCCCCCGUUCUCGACACUGGCACCAGCUUGACCUUGUCAUCACCAGGCGUGCAGACCUAAGGAGCUUUCUUCACACUUGGAGCUUCCACAGAGCAGACUGCGACACGGACCACUCCCUGGGCCUUCCUCGCAUCAACACUUGUCGCUCCAAAACCCUGAGAGCUCUCGCCGCUUCUAAACCACCUUUAGCACGAAGGUCGACACAUCCUCCUUCAGUGCCACUGACAUCGACAGUAUAUAGCACCACCUCUGUGAUGCCAUAUACACCUCAGCCCUUACAUCCGUUCGGAAAGAAGGAUCGUCGAAAUGCGGACUGGUACAAAACUCACUGGGAUGAGAUGCAGCCGGCCUCUGAAGCCAAGAGACAAGCACUUCUGGCCUACAAGCAUAAUCCUUGCGUCAAUACCCGUGAUGCCGUCAGAGCUGCUCGCAGCAAGGCCCAACAGACUGCAUGCCACUGCGCCAACGACUACUGGCUGAACCUGUGGAGCAAAUCUAGACGGCUGCCGACAGUGGAGGCGCAAGAGGCAUUCCAAGGCAGGAGAGGUCAUUACAGACUGGGGCAAGCAGCUGGAGCGAUCGUUGGAGCACUACCUGUAGCUGUAUGCAACCCAGAACGUGGUGACGGAUGCCGCCCUGGGUGCCUUGCCCAGUCUCCCAGUCAUGGAGGAGUUGGAUGCCCCGCUCUCUGCAGAGGAACUCGGAAAAACCAUCGACUGUCUCUCCUGUGGGAGAGCCCUGGGAGGGACGGGAUCCCAUCAGAGAUGGUUAGGUCCUUCCACGAGGACAUGCACAACACAGUCUGCUACAACGGCGAAGCAUCCGACGCCUUCCCUGAGAGUAGCGGCCUCAAAAAAACCAACAUCCUGGCACAAGACACCGCCUCCACCGCGGACUUUGCCAUCAACGGCACGCACCUCGAGGUAGUGGACUCCUUCAGCUACCUCGGAUCGACCAUCUCCAGCUCCCUCUCCCUGGACACCGAGAUCAGCUCCAGGAUAGGAAAAACCGCCGCAGUCAUGGAACAGUCAAACUAA